AAUUCUUCUUCUCUGCAACAAGAAUGGAAGGUAGGAAUGAAUACAAAAAAGGGUUGUGGACAGAGGAGGAGGAUCGAAUUUUAAUGGAUUACAUAAGGGUGCAUGGAAAAGGCAAGUGGAAUCGAAUCGCGAAAAUGUCAGGUUUGAAGAGGGGUGGCAAAAGUUGCAGAUUAAGGUGGAUAAAUUAUCUAAGUCCUAGUGUAAAGCGGGGUGGCUUUUCAGAGGAAGAAGAGGACCUCAUAAUUCGGCUCCAUAACCUUCUGGGAAACAGGUGGUCUUUGAUAGCUGGGCGGGUACCUGGGAGAACUGAUAAUCAAGUCAAGAACCAUUGGAACACUCAUUUGAGCAAAAAGCUCGGGAUCAAAAAUGGAAAAACCAAAGUUUCUGUUUCUACACAGUCAUUUUCUAGAGAAUCAGUGGCAAAUUGUAUUGUCCAUUCAGAAUCAAAUCCUGAGGUACUAGCUUCCGGUUGUAAUAGGGAAUCUACAGUUGAGACUAUAAUAGAAGACAAAUCUCAUGCCGUCUUCAGCUUUACUAGCACACAAGAAGUCACAAUGGACGACAAUAACAGUUCCUAUUGGUUUUCUAAUGAUGAUCUAAGUUUAUAUGCUCCUUAUUUGGUUGAGCCUGUAGAUGAAUUUGCUCUUGAUUUUGUUUGGGAUAGUUUGUAGGCUUUUCCUUACUAGCUAAGUGGUUUUGUAUGAACUUGAUCUUUCCUUCAUGUUGUCUCAAUAGAUCGUUUUUAAGUGAUUUUUCA